AUGACCAGUGGCCAUGACGCGGAGAUGGAGAUGAGUGAGUCGACCAGCCUGUUAGGAGGGCCCAACAGAGGAAAGUACGGCAGCACCCAGAGGCAGCAGCAGCGGAGGAGGCACCAGAAGAAGCAGCAGGACUGGAGGGACACCGAAAGCAGGGCGACGGGCCAGUUCCCGAUACGAGAGGUCUGUCUGGUCGGCCUCGGCAUGACGAUGAACAUCUACAUGCUAGUGAAUCUCUUCCCCUACAGUGGAACGAUGGUGAAGCAUCUCCUCUCGCUGGAUACGAACGAAGUCGGUUACACGAGCCGCCGGAAGGCCAAGCUUUCGAAGGCGCGCAAGUCGGUACGGUUGCCGUCACGCGAGCGAGACAGACGGAAGCAGUGCAGCACCUUCCAUUUGUCUUUCACGAUGACGACGCUCGACGUGUCCCACCAAAUUCCAGGGUUCUACGCCGGAUACGUGGCGAGCUCUUUCACGUUCGGGCGGUUCUUGAGUGGGUAUUUCUGGGACUUCGUCACCGACCGCUUUGGGAGGAAACCGGUGAUCAUCAUGGGCCUGCUGUCGAUGAUUACCUUCUCCAUGCUCUUCGGGAUAUCCAGGAGCUACACUAUGGCCAUCACAACGAGGUUGGUUCUCGGACUGACAAACGGCAUCAUGCCCGCCCUCCGAACCACGCUGAGUGAGGUUUGCGGGAAAAAGCACGUCGUCCAAGGGAUGACCUACACUAGCGGUGCUACGGCCAUCAGCUUGAUUUUUGGCACGGGAAUCGGGGGUCUCUUGGCGCAACCAGCUCUGCACUACCCGGAAUAUUUUUCCGCAACCGGCCUGUUCGGCAGGUGGGCGCGGUGUUUUCAGCAUUCUCUGACAACCAUGCAUGAACCGUCGUUCUGA